CUCAUUUUGCGAUAGCAUCAUAUAUUAGAGAUACAAACAUAUUGCUGAUAUUGAUAAGAUAAUAAUGAAAUAUUAUUCGUGUUUGUUUGUUUUGACCAUUUGUCUGUAUUGUGAAGCUAAGUAUUUUGCAACGAGAUGUGAUUUAGUCCAUGAACUGAGGAAGCAAGAAUUUCCUGAAGAUAAAAUGGCGGAUUGGGUAUGUUUAAUAGACAGUGAGAGCGCUCGCCACACAGACAUCGUGUCCAAACCGAACAGGAACGGUUCAAGAGACCAUGGAUUAUACCAGAUAAAUGAUAAUCUAUGGUGCAGUAAUACUACAGUUCCUGGAAAAGGCUGCCAUGUCACUUGUGCUGAUAUCGUAACGGAUGAUAUCACGAAGGCGUCGAUUUGCGCGAAAAAAAUCUUCAGGCGCCAAGGUUUCCUCGCGUGGCACGGGUGGGAAAAACGUUGUCAGGGUACAUUACCUGAUAUAAGCAAUUGUUAAGACUUCAAUAAUAUUUUGUAUAUUAAAUAAUG